UGUGCUAACCGGAGAAAAUUCGUUCCGAAGGGAAACGUUUCAAUCAUGGAAGUUAUACCGGAAAACAAGAAAUUUUUAAAAACUGACGAAUCCGUAGAAUCUGUAUCUUUAGAAGAUUUGGAACCAUCCAGCACGGAACUGAUUCCAGAAAACUGUGGCGUGGCGUUAGCAUUUUUGCAGCCGUGGAUAAAAUAUGGCCAAUUUUCUUGUGCAUUUCUAUACGGUCUCUAUUCCUCAUUUAAUGGGAAGAGGAUAGAAUAUUGCACAAGACGUCCCAGAGUUUGGGGGAUCUUCUCUGGCAUAUUUUUCGGCAUAAUGUGUCUCCACUUGUCUCUUUUCGUGGUGAAAUUCAAUUUCAACGUUUCUUACUCAAAACUGGUGAACAUGAUCAAACGAGUCACUUUUGUAAUUUUCGUCAUUAAACUUCUCACCACAUAUUACUGCUUCCAACACCGCGGACGAACGAUGGGAUUAUGGGCCAAGAUUUUCAAACAGGCGGAUUUGAUUCAGGAACAAUUUUCAAAUUUUGGGAUUUAUUUCCCUUCACGGAACAAGGCAUGCAGAAAAGCGCAAUGAUAGGUCUUGGGUAUUUAUCAAAAAUUAUUUUUUCAUUUACAGGCCCGAUUUGUAUCGACUUGUAUUUGUGCGUUGUCCGUUUUCCUGAUUCUGGUCCAAAUGAUCGUAUUUUCUUUGGCACAUUGCAUGGAAAGUCCUCGAUGGUAUGAUGGUUACGCGACCAAACUGUUUAACACAUUCACACUGGGAUUGUGGAAUCCUGAUAUGUUGGAAAAACUACCUAUUCCAUUCUUAAAAGUUUGUGGAAAUUUGGGAUUGAUUUUGGAAACAUUCUGCUGGAAUUUGUGGUAUCUUUUGGAUGCAUUCCGAGUUCUGACUGCAUUAUUGAUGUGGACUAUUUUUCGGACACUUAAUCGAGCUCUGAAUACUGGGAAAUUGCGUGUCGAAAAUUUGCCAGAGAUAAUCGAGCUACAUUUCAAUGGGACAAAACUGCUGAAUCUGUUUAAUCAAUUGAUGGGUCCGAUCACCUUCACCUCGUCGGUAUUUAACAUUCUGUAUGCCUGCUUCUGGACAAAUUACUGCCUGAUUAAUGUCGAGUUCCGGUUGAGCUAUAUUGUCGGAUUUAUCACUGUUUGUCGCAUGUUCAUCGUCUUUUAUAUCGUGGCGGAUGUCAAUUCACAGGCAUACCAAAUUUCGACCUGGGUGGAAAACCAUUUCACAGAAAUUGAUCAAAUUCCAAACAAAGUUGACAAAACUAAAUUGACUCUGUUUUCAUCGCUUAUUUAUAGCAGAGAAGCAAUUGGAUUUAAAGGGAUGCAUUUCUUCACGUGCACACAAGCCCUGAAUAUUGCGAUCGGAGGUUUAAUUCUCACCUACACCGUGAUCGUCAACCAAGUAGCUACAAAUACACACUAAAAAAUAUAAGAAAAAUAUAUAAAAUCUUGAGGUCGAUAUGGGAUAUUUACUAGAAAUGAAUAUAAUUUAUGUUAAUGAACAGGUGAUUUUGUCUUUAAUCCAAAUGUAACAAUCCAAUAUCAGAAAUAAAUAAAAACAAAACAAUGCGUCUUAUUA